AUGGAGCAGGAGGAGGAGGCCGACGAGGAGGAGCCCGUUGACAAGGGGGCAGCUCAGAAGGGCGCGGGAAAGAGCAAGAAGAAGAGCAGCAAGAAGGGUGGGAAGGCGUCAAAGCCUAAGGCCGGCGCCGUGAAGUCGGGGAUCGUCAAGGAGAAGGAGAUCACCCGCCUCUACGCCAAGCUGGACGCCGAGUAUAAAGGUCUCCCCUAUUAUUUAAUGGCACCGGCCUGCGCAACGGCCGAUAAGGGCCUACGAGGCGUGGUGAUAUCGGGGGGGGCAGAGGACAAGGACAAACCCUUCCGCAUCACGCCCAAGGAGAAGAACGGCGGCAGCUACGAGCGCUGCGUCGUCACCUGCACGCCAGACCAGGCCUUUGGCACGGAGAUGGUGUCCUACGUGGAGAACCAGAUCAACCUGCCGACCAAGAAGUGGAUCUACGGGGUGAUCGAGGGGGAGAGGGAGCAGGACAACGUGCUGAUCGACAACGCAGACAUGGUGUUCCUGCCGGACACGCACGCACUCAACGACGGGAAGACCAUCAACUGGCUGGCGAUUGUCAUCAAGAGCCUCCGUAGCCUUGAGAGCAGGCACGUCGCGAUGCUCAAGAGGAUACGGCUGAUCUGCACGGAGUAUAUCCUCUCCCACACGCCCUGGAAGCGGCACAACGUGAUCAUCAUGGCCUACGUCCACUACCUGCCGAGCGUGACCUCAAGAUCCGCAGACCUUUCAAAGCAGGAUGGCGUCGCGACUGCACCCGACGGCAAGGACGCCAAUGUGCAGGGAGACAAGGACAGAGGGUCGCUGUUCUUCUGGGACGUUGAGGACGGGCAUGCGGUACACCCGUGGAGGUUCCACGUGUCGCAUCCUUGGCUCAAGGCCAGCAAGCAGCAGCAGGGCUGCACUUCUUUCUCCGUCGACAUGGAGCUGGACGAAACCUUCACGGCUGUCUACAACGCUAACACGUGUACGGACCUCAACAUGUCGAGUCCGUUCCCGCCUGGCGUAGACUGUGGGAGAUACUCAGGGGUUCUGAAGCUACGGCCCUACAGCUCGCAGGAGGUGCUGCUGGUGUCGGACGUCUACCAGGUGCUGGUGCUCGACGGCUCAUGCUUGCCAUGCAACCCGGUCGUGCGCAUCCAGCAGGGCUCGCUGUCGCCGUUUGUGUACACGGGAAUGGACGGUGGCAUGCUGUCGGUCGAGGUGUCCUGGCCGUACGGCGGGGACUGCACGACAUGGCGAGAGAGCAUGUGGGGCUUCGUGGCCAGGGUGUACGUGGACGGGGAGGUGGUGGGGUCACAGGCGUUCGGUCGAGACGCUUUGAUGCGCAAGGCGUGCGUGGCAGUGGAGGUGCCGGGAAAGCUGGAGGGAGAACGGCUGGUGAGGGUGGAGCUGGAGGAGGCAAGCUCGAUGCUGCUACUUGCGACAACGUCAGAGAGGGUCACCUUUCUCCGGGUCGAGGCAGGGAGCGAGCCAGGGGGCUGCUCGGAAGGGGAAGGCGUUGUAUGGGUGAGGUACUUUGAAGGGCGACUGGGAAACGCGUUUGUAACGCUAGCGAUCGCUCAUGAUACAGCGCGGAUGAUGAAUGCGUCGUCGAUCCGCCUCCCGCAGGCGAGCUGGCAAAGCCCAGACAACUCCUGCAGCCACGUGCGGGCGAGCCAGAUCGCGAGCGUGUUCAAAGUGCUUGGAGGAUGCAUACGGCUGGAGGGGGAGGAGGGGGCGUGCGGAACAGGCGAGGGCUGGGUCAAGGAGUGCAAGAUGCCUGACUGUUACCUUGCUCGGAACGGGCUGGAUCAGACUAUCGACUUCGACAGAGAGAGGACGCUUCGGUUCUUCAGGAGGAUCGUGUCAAAAGUGCUGCUGCGCUUCGAGACGGCAGCGAGGGGCGACGACCUCUGUAUUCACCUCCGAUCAGGAGACGUGUUCCAGCGAAUGUCAGCAGCAAAUCAUAUUGGGAAGGGACAGUGGCAGCCGCCGCUGGCGUUCUACGUGGUCACCAUUGCGGUCCACCGGAAGCUCUAUCCUCACGCUCGGGUCGUGCUGGUAUCGCAGCCGUCGACGAGGCUCCUCAACCCGUGCAUCAGCUACCUGCAGGAGCUCUUUCCGGACGUGGAGAGCCGGAUGACUGCGGCCAUGCAGGACUUGUACGAGCUGGUACAGGCGAGGCACCUGGUUCUGUCGCGCUCGACGUUCUCAUGGAUGGCGACCUUCUUCUCCGAGACACUGGAGAGCGUGGUGUCUCCGCAGCUGAUCCCGGCUCGUUGGGCGUCAGCUCCGUACGACCUGGUGGAGUACAGCUUUCCCGGGUACCAGGCAACGAUCGAGACGUAUGCGGGGAGACAAGCAUGGAGGGCGACGCCCGAGGUGCCAUGGCACGCGCUGGAGCCCAACAUCAAGGCGCAGAUGAUGACGUAUGCGCCUCAGAGGCUGCGGUGCGAGGAGAUAAGGCGAGUGCGAGGAGCAUCGCGGUGCAUAGAGGAAGGAGAGGCGGAGGCGAUCGUGGAGUCGUUAGGGAUGUGA